CGCUCAUCAGGAAUUUUUGUAUUUUCUAAAAAAUAAUUAAAUAAAUACUACCUAAAUCGAAACUACCUCUGAUAAAAAGAGAGAAACAGCUGGCGGUUUUGUACAUUUAUAAUUAUUUUAUAAUUCAGAAUGGGUGACAAGAAAUACAAGCAAAGCAAAGCUGAUAUUGCGAAGCAAUUCGACCUGCCGGAGCGUCAGUCAAAAAUCACGACGUUGAUAAACCAAGCUGGUCAGGCAUACUGUAUCUGUCGUUCUUCUGAUAGUUCUCGAUUUAUGAUAGCAUGUGAUGCCUGCGAAGAGUGGUAUCAUGGUGAUUGUAUCAAUAUUUCGGAGAGGGAGGCAAAAUAUAUAAAGAAUUAUUUCUGUGACCGCUGCCGAGAGGAGGAUCCCAGUCUAAAAACUAGAUUCAGACCUCAGAAGAGAGAAAAUGAAGGAGACUCAGGAAAAGAGGAUAGAAAAAAGAAACGGAAAGAAAAGGAUUACUCUGAGAAUAAAUCUUCAAAAAGAGCAAACACCAAGGAUGGUUGCGGUGAUUGCCCAGGCUGUUUACAAUUAAAUGAUUGUGGACAUUGUGAUGCCUGCGAGGAAAUAUUUAAAUAUGGCAGCAGCAAUAAGAGUAAGCUAAAGUGUAAAAUGAGAAUGUGUAUCAAGAGUAAGAAAACAUCCAAACCUCAAAGCACCCAAUACAGCAGUAGUCGUGUCAAGAAGAAGCACCACGAGCGCGAAGUGGCGGAGCCCGAAGAGUCUCUGGCACACCUUCAGACCGCGGAGCCUCGCCAGUGCUACGGACCGCAGUGUACGAGGGCAGCACAUUAUGGAUCUAAAUAUUGUUCGCAUCAGUGUGGAAUGAGAUUGGCUACGGCACGGAUAUAUCAGGUAUUGCCGCAACGUAUCCAAGAGUGGUCCCUAUCCUCUUGCGUAGCUGAACAAAACAACCGUAAAGCGCUCGAAGCGGUCCGCAGCGACAUCGAGCGAGCGCAGGCAGCGCUGCGAGCGCUAGAUCGACAACAUUCAGACCUCGACGCGUUAGUGGCCAGGGCGAAGAAUGCCACUAUAUUGAAUAGUGACGACAAGGAAGCGGAUGACGAGACCUCAAUGUAUUGCAUAACGUGCGGCCACGAGAUCCACUCGCGUACGGCCGUCAAGCACAUGGAGAAGUGUUUCGUCAAAUACGAAGCUCAGGCGUCCUUCGGCAGCCGGCAUCGAACCCGGAUCGACGGCCAGAGCAUGUUCUGCGACUACUACAAUCCUGCCAACCACACCUACUGCAAGAGGCUUAGGGUAAUGUGCCCGGAACACUUCAAAGACCCCAAAGUGAUUGAUACCGACGUUUGUGGUUGUCCGCUUGUAAAGAGAGUUUUCGAGCCAACGGGGGAGUUCUGUAGGGCUCCGAAGAAGUCUUGCUUGAAACAUUAUCAAUGGGAGAAGCUGAGACGAGCGGAGAUCGAUAUGGAGAGAGUGAGGCAAUGGCUGAGAUUGGAUGAGCUGGUGGAACAGGAGAGGAGCAUACGAUUAGCUAUGGCUUCCAGGGCUGGCGUAUUGGGUCUCAUGCUGCACUCCACUUACAAUCACGAGGUGAUGGAAAGAAUUACCAACAAACCGGACCAUAAACCCAAGGAGAAACCCUGACCCCGACCUUGACCUUGGACGACGAUACUAAUAAAUGUUACAUUAUAAGUGUUUUAAUAAAUUCAUA